CUCAAAAUACAAUAAACUAUUAAGAUUAUCCAAAUCCCACCACCUUCAACAAUAUCAUCAUGAUCAUUUCCCCCCUAUAUAAAUAUCCCUUCAUAACAUUUCCAUUACCAUCUCAAAACCAACUCUCUAGUCUCUAGCAAAUCCAACUUCAAGAAAACAACUUAUAAACCCUAUAUAUUUCAUAAAUAUAAACAAAUCAAAUUAAAUAAUAAUCGAUAUGGAUCGUGUAGUGAAAAUUGCAUCACAAAAGGCAGUUGUGAUAUUUAGCAAGAGUUCAUGUUGCAUGUGUCAUGCAAUUAAGAGGUUAUUUUACGAGCAAGGUGUUAGCCCUAUGAUUUAUGAACUUGAUGAAGAUAUGAAUGGACGCGAUAUGGAGAGAUCUCUCCUCAGGUUAGGCUGUAGCCCGGCUGUACCAGCCGUGUUUAUUGGUGGUCGAUUUGUGGGAUCAGCUAACACUGUUAUGACACUUCAUAUCAAUGGUUCACUCAAGAAGAUGCUUAAAGAUGCGGGAGCUCUAUGGCUUUAGUGAUGAGACACCCUUUGCUUAUAUAUAUAUAUA